AAUAAGUGGGUAACAAAUGUGACGGUGUCAUUUAAUUGCUUGUUGUGUAUGAUAGUAAUGAUUCACAGACUUAACUUUCACAGAUAAUUUCCAUUUUUAUAAGAUCAUGACGUAUCUCAGUAUUUGCAUUGGCCCUCAUAAAUAGCUGUUGGUGGAUGGGUGGUGAAGAUGAUGAUGGCGAGCGGUGUGGGCAGGUUGUGUUUUGCUCAAAAGACUGUUCUGGCCCCUAUGGUGUGGGUGGGCUCUCUGCCCAUGAGGCUGCUGGCUCUGGACUACGGAGCAGAUAUUGUGUACUGUGAGGAGCUGAUUGACAUCAAAAUGGCCCAGUGUGAGAGAGUGGUAAACAAUGUUUUGGAGACGGUUGAUUUUGUUGCAGAUGAGUGUGUGAUGUUUCGUACAUGCAGUAAAGAGAAGGGCCGUGUGGUCUUUCAGAUGGGAACGGCCGAUCUGGAGAGAGCGCUGGCUGUGGCUAAACUUGUGUGAGUUGGAUGUUUUUAUUUGUGUUAGUAAUAUCAUAUAUUCAUGUGACCUGGCUUACUUUUAGUUGGGGUUUAAAAGACAAUUAAUAUUCAGUAAUAGUAUGGAUUUAACUGCACUGACAUUAUAAAGAGAGAACUAAAUUUGAACUAAAUUGGGCUGAGUAAUGACACAAAAUUAGCUGCAUUGACAUUGUUAGUGAACUGAAUUAUGGCACUAUUAUCUUCUGUAGAGCUGC